AUGCAGACGCAGCCAGAAGACGCUGAAAUGGCCGAGGAAAUCGCUUGGAGGGCUAGAAAGGGUCUACCACUCGCCGUCGACCCCAAGACGGGUUCGAGCACUAUAACUCCCACGCUCAGCACCUCCCUCUCCCCCCGAUCCUACAGCUCCGGUUCUCCCACCAUCCGCGCACUAAGCCCACGAACGGAGCCGAUCGCCAUCUCGAGCUCGUCCUCUACCUUCUCCGCCGUCCCUCGCACGCCUCCCUCGUACGACUCGGCCGCCUCCUUCGCCGGUGCAGCUCCGCUCGAUGGACCGCUCACUGAGUUGAUGCCAGCUCUUGCAAUCUCGGCGAGCGUGUCGAGUUCGGGCGACAGCUUCCGGUCCCCGCCUCAAACCACUCCUUCACACUGGACGAGCGGUCCUCGGCGAAGAGUUGCGUCCGGCCCGUCGUUUCUCGUCUCCUCGCCUCCACGGAGCUCGCCCUUGUCGCGCAGCGUCGGCCCGUACGACGAUAGCGGAAGUGACGACGACGCGCCUUGGCGACACUUUCGACCGCAAGCAGCCGUUCCCUUCGGGCAGCCGUCGGGCGAUCCUGCACGAGACGACCUCCUUAGCCUGCGGCAGAGCCGGCGACGCUCCUCGAUCUCGCUCUCGUCGUCGGUGACGUCGGCCACACCCUGCGCCUCGUUCGUCGGCAGCUUCGAAGACUCGCUUCUGAGCGGCCGGAUGUCGUCUCGCCCCUCAGCGCCGUUCCCGUUCGUCGCCUCCAUCGGUGUGCUCGGUAGCAACGACGCCCCACUACGACUGCGAUGUCCGGCGCACCUGCACAUUCCCUUUGACGCCGUCUUCUACCCUUCCUCCGGCGAAGCGAUGACCAGCCCCUACGUCGGAACCGUCGACAUCGAAGGCCACUACUUCUCGCUCCUCUCUGCGCCUCCAGCACCGUGCGAGUCGCGCAAGAUCCCCAAGUUCCCCGGCUACCAAGUUCCUGCGCGCGGUCAGAUCCAGCUCGUCCUCAAGAACUCGCAACACACCGCCUUCAAGCCGUUCCUGAUUCCGUACGACCUGACCGGCCUCGAACGCGAUGGCGCCGGCGGACGGACGUUCCUGCGGCAAAAGUCGUACAGCGUUGAAGGAGCGGACAACAAGGGCAAGCUUCGGUUCGCCGUCCACCUCGUCUUCUGCUCGCCCCCCGCCAGCUCGCACAAGAAGAGCGGAAAGGACGGCUCGACGCCGAAGUACUACCUGUACCGCUCGAUCCGCCUCGUCUUUGCCUCGCGCGGCCUCGACCUGUCCGACAAGCUGCGCGUCGUUCACGAAGGGCCCGCGCAGGCUGGCGGCGACGCGCUCGGCUUGCGCAUGGACGGCGACUUCAGCGACUAUGCUGGACCAGGCGCGGAUUGGGAUCUUGCGCGCAAGAAGGCGAAGGAGCGCCUCAAGGUCCUCGCAGCUCAAGCCGCCGUCGAGACAACCAUUCCAGCAAAUCCAUACCCGGCACCUACGCCACAACAUGAUACCCCAGACCGCCUUUACCCUCCACCGACUGUAUCACUGGCAUCCGCAACUUCCGUUUCAGCCUUUCCGACAUCCGUUGUUGUUCCUCCUCUCGCCUCGCAUUCGACUGUAUCGACCACUCGCACAUCGCCUCCUCACACGCUUCUCGACCUCCCCUCUUCGCCUCUCGACCCGGCCUUCUCUUCGACGCUUACCUUCGACCGUGUCCCCUCGCCUCGACCCGCCCUCGCGCUUCGCGACCGCACAACGAGCCAGUCCGGCUUGUCUGCCUCGCGUCCGCCUAGCCGUCUUGCUCACGAGCGGAGUCAGAGUCGGGACAGGGAGGUCUGCGGACGGUAG